AUGUCCUCUGAAUAUAGCCUCACCAUGGAACCCACCACUUCCCCCAGAGCCUCGCGCAUCCGCCGGGCUUUCCCAACAUUUCACCUCGGUCGUGAAUGCACUGCAACCCGCACCCCUUCUGGUGUCACCGACCGAUCCUCAAGUCACCCGCGAUCCGUCACAACGCCCGGUUUGUCCCACGUCAGCUCACCUGUCGCAACUGAGCCGACCUGUCACAGCCCCACCUCCGACUCAGGGCCGGACGCCUCUCGCCAUUACGGAUUUCUUGACAAGCCAGGCUUGGACUAUUCCGACCCGUCCCUGAUUAGCCGCCAGUGGAUCGAGGAGGAUCUGCUCGACGACCUGAAGUAUGCCUGCGCAGUGCUCCUGGGAAGCAUUGAGCGCGGCAUACCCAUCUGGCCAGCCGUCUCAAUAAAUGCCUCCAGCGUACAGGACGCAUAUGAGGAGCCAGAGGUAUGCAUGGCGCCAAAUGCAUACAGGGAGCAAACGGCCACCAGAAGGGCUCACUUCAGCCGAGCCUCACAGGUCUCUCUCCCGGAUGUCAGGACUCAUCCAGUCUAUCCUCACACUUCAGGUGGUCCCCGACGAACCAAGAUGUACGACUCGGGCGUCGCAUUCCAAGACAGUGCGACCAUGGCGUCUUCACCUCGCUUCUACGGCCAACAUACUUUUUGGGAAGAGGACCAGCGGGGUCGCUCGCGCAUGCGCGGCCUCCGGUCACAAGCGCCAGUGACUACGAAUGUGCCAGCGACUCGUAGCCCUCGAUUCUAUUCCCGCUCUCACGAUUGGGCAGACUCCCGCUCGCGGUCUACCAGCCCUGAGAUGUACAUGUACAGUCCUCCCCAGGUCGACACUCUCUGGCCCGAUGUCAAAGGAGACGAAUCCUUUGAGGAAUCCAUCUCCGAGAGCUUUGCGGAGAAGCAGAUCGAGGUAGGCGCUUUCGGGGUCGAUGGUGCCUCUUGGUUGCAUCAAGGAGGCCUUUACUAUUCCCAGCGACGUUCUGAUGGUGCCGAGAAGGCUUUCGUUGGCACAGUUGAGGCCCAUUCACCGCUCGUCUCCCCUUCUGCGCCUUGCCGAUUCUACAGCAUGCAGUCGCCUGCUGGACCGGAAGCACCCAACAAGGGACUCGGACAGCACUGGAGCAUUUCGGACAGUCGAACACCGAGUGUGAGCGAUGUCGAAAGCGGGUCGGAUCGCUACGAAGCGCUACGCGACGAUCAUUUCUCGCAAGUUGAUCGUGUAACCUCACCAGCAGCCGUCGCCACCGAGGCAUCGACCGCCUUGAAUGAGCAACGAAGAAGGUGGCGCAAAGCCUCGACACUGUUGAGAAAGCUGACUGGGUUUGGACGCAAGAAGCAUGUUGAAGCUUUGGAAACUCAACGCGUAGCCGUUGCCGUAUGA